AGCAGUGCGAUGGGAGCGGGUGCCCGUGUGCAGAGGGAUCCUCUCCCCGCAUGUGUGCGGGGGACCGCGGUGUCGGGGCAGGGCUCAGCGAGGCGGCUGCUGCAUGCGGCGCAGCCCGCCGGCGUACCGCAGCGCCGGGCUUCGCCUCGCUCCGCGCCCCGGCGCUCGGCGCGGCCAGGGGGGCUCGCAGGGGCGGGCGCCCGGCUGCCCCCGCCGCUCGGUGCCUGCGCGGAGCUGCCGGAGGGGAGACCUCGCGGGGAGAGCGGCGGAGCGCAGCCGAGCGGGGCCGCGGCGACCCCGGCCGCCGAGAUUCUUUAUCUUUGUUCAGGAGCCUAAGGUUGCUUGCUGAUCACAAGAAGAUGUUUCUGUGGUUCUUUCUGGUUCUGUCAUCUCCAGUUUCUUCUACAACUGCAGAUGCUGAUAUAUCUGUGGAAAUUUGCAAUGUUUGUUCCUGUGUGUCAGUUGAGAAUGUACUCUAUGUCAACUGUGAGAAGGUUGCAGUCUACAGACCAAAUCAGCUUAAACCACCAUGGUCUAAUUUUUACCACCUCAACUUUCAAAACAACCUGCUAAUUAUUUUAUAUCCAAAUUCCUUUCUUAAUUUUACACAUGCCGUGUCCUUGCAACUGGGUAAUAAUAAGUUACAGAACAUUGAGGGAGGGGCCUUUAUGGGUCUUAGUGCAUUAAAACAGUUGCACCUGAACAACAAUGAAUUAAAGAUUCUCCGAGCUGACACGUUCCUUGGCAUAGAGAACUUGGAGUAUCUCCAAGCUGACUACAAUUUAAUCAAGUUUAUUGAACGGGGAGCCUUCAAUAAGCUUCACAAGCUGAAAGUCCUGAUUCUUAAUGACAAUCUGAUUUCAUUCCUUCCCGAUAAUAUUUUUCGAUUUGCUUCUCUAACCCAUCUGGAUAUACGAGGGAAUCGAAUACAGAAGCUUCCAUACAUUGGAGUUCUGGAACACAUUGGACGAAUUGUCGAAUUGCAGCUGGAAGACAACCCCUGGAAUUGUACUUGUGAUUUGUUGCCUUUGAAAGCGUGGCUGGAGAACAUGCCCUAUAACAUCUACAUUGGAGAAGCUAUCUGUGAAACACCCAGUGACUUGUAUGGAAGGCUGCUGAAAGAAACCAACAAGCAAGAGCUGUGCUCCAUGGGGACGGGGAGUGAUUUUGAUGUGCGCGUUCUGCCUCCUUUGCAGCUGGAGCCCGGCUACAGCACACCGAAUGGCCACACCACUCAAACAUCAGUGCACAGAUUAGUCACAAAGCCGCCAAAGACUACAAAUCCUUCAAAGAUCUCGGGGAUAGUAGCAGGCAAAGCACUAUCUAAUCGCAAUCUCAGUCAAAUCGUAUCUUACCAGACCAGGGUGCCUCCUUUAACUCCGUGUCCAGUCCCCUGUGUUUGCAAAACGCAUCCUUCAGACUUGGGAUUAAGUGUAAAUUGCCAAGAAAGAAAUAUAGAGUCAAUGGCCGAACUUGUACCAAAACCCCUAAAUGCCAAGAAACUGCAUGUAAAUGGCAAUAAUAUUAAGGAUGUGGACACUACAGAUUUCCUUGAGUUUGAGGGGCUGGAUCUGCUACAUUUAGGCAGCAAUCGGAUUUCAGUGAUCAAAGGAGAAGUUUUCCGCAACCUUACAAAUUUACGGAGAUUGUAUCUCAAUGGCAAUCAGAUAGAACGUCUGAGCCCAGAAAUGUUUGCUGGGCUCCACAACCUGCAAUAUCUGUAUUUGGAAUACAAUGUUAUCAAAGAAAUCCUAGCAGGCACCUUUGACUUAAUGCCAAAUUUGCAGUUGCUCUACCUGAACAACAAUCUUCUACGAAGCUUGCCGGCAUACAUUUUUGCUGGUGCACCACUUGCUAGACUGAAUCUGAGGAACAAUCAUUUCAUGUAUUUACCUGUAAGUGGCGUUCUUGAUCAGCUAAAAUCUCUUACACAGAUUGAUUUGGAAGGUAAUCCGUGGGACUGCACUUGUGAUUUAGUUGCUUUAAAACUGUGGCUUGAAAAGCUAAAUGAAGGUAUUGUGGUGAAGGAGUUGAAAUGUGAAACACCUGUACAGUUUGCUAACAUUGAACUUAAGUCUCUGAAAAAUGAGAUCCUCUGUCCUAAGCUUUUAAACAAGCCAUCUGCUCUGUUCACUAGUCCUAUGCCCGCUGUUACUUUUACAACGCCACUGGGACCGGUUCGGAGUCCUCCUGGUGGCCCAGUUCCAUUGUCCAUCCUAAUCUUAAGCAUAUUAGUUGUGCUUAUUUUAACAGUGUUUGUUGCUUUUUGCCUUCUUGUUUUUGUGCUUCGGCGCAACAAAAAACCAACUGUAAAGCACGAAGGGAUUGGAAAUCAAGAAUGCAGUUCUAUGCAACUGCAGCUAAGAAAGCACGAUCACAAGUCAAACAAAAAAGAGGGACUAGGUGCAGAGGCCUUCAUUCCUCAAACCAUUGAGCAGAUGAGCAAAAGUCAUACCUGUGGCUUAAAAGAGUCUGAAACGGGCUUCAUGUUUGCUGACCCACCAGGGCAAAAAGUCAUUCUGAGAAAUAUUAAUGACAAGGAGAAGGAUUUAUUGCAUGUGGAUACCAGAAAAAGACUUAGCACAAUCGAUGAACUGGAUGAGUUAUUCCCUGGGAGGGAUUCCAAUGUAUUUAUUCAAAAUUUUCUUGAAAGUAAAAAAGAAUACAACAGCAUAGGGGUCAGUGGCUUUGAAAUACGUUAUCCAGAGAAACUACAAGACAAAAAAAGCAAGAAAUCUCUAAUAGGUGGUAAUCAUAGUAAAAUUGUAGUAGAACAAAGAAAAAGUGAAUAUUUUGAACUAAAAGCUAAACUUCAAGGUUCACCUGACUACCUACAAGUCCUUGAAGAACAAACAGCUUUGAAUAAAAUAUAGGUCAUACAAUCUUAUCACCUACAGAGGACAUUUAUUUAAUGAUGAAAGUGCCUUUUGUUGACUUUUAACUUCCAAAUGCUCUAUUAUAUUGGUAGGCAUAGAGGCAGGUGUAUCCAAGGGUGUCUGAUUAACUGUAGCUGCAUACGAUUUGUCAAGUAGAGGAGAAUUUCCUUAAUAGAAUUUCCUACAUAAAGCUCAUGCCCUGUGGAAUUCUGUAGGGAUACUGCAAACUCUAUUGCCAAAGGGAUGCUUUAUACACGUUACACUGAAUUUAACCUCAAGAGGCAUAUAUGUUUUGUACCUUAAAUGCAAAACCAUCGUCUCCUUGUGAUUUGUUAGAACAAACACAAGAAACCUGGUACUGGUAUUUGUACCUCAGCUGGGUCCUUCAUCCUGCACGUGGAUUUAAGUUGGUGGAACUGGAGUAAUCCUUUGAUUUGUGGUGUUGUAAUGGCACUGUUUAAAGAUUAUCUGGAAAGUAACAAGCAUGCAAAGAGAGAACAUUCGAUAGUAUGUGUAAAUUGGUUACAUUUAUGGCCUGCAUCUUGAAACCACUGGAAUUAUAAUGUUAAAUUGUGCAAAUAUUUGUUUAAAAUAUACCAUGCAUUACAUACCUAUGAAAUAAAUUUGACCACUUGAAGCAUACAUGUCUAUACAUAAAAUUAAAAGAAAAAAGAGAGAAAAUAGUUCAACCUGACUUCUGCAGUAUUUGUGGCACCUGAAGAAAACAUUUGAGGUUUAUGCAGAAUCUGUUGUAAGACUCAUCUCCAAUUAAAUCUAGAGUUCCUUCUCGGUUAUGUGAAACGCUUGCAACCUCAACAGGUUGUCCAAUAUUGUGAAAGUGCUUACUAUGUGAGCGUAGCAGAAAUUAUUUUUGUAAUAUAAUUCAUAUUUAUGAAAUACUUUGUAUACUAAAUAGGAAAAAAUAUGUACUCCUUAAUAUGUAUUUAAUAUGCCUGACUUGUUUUCCCGAUCACAAUGCAUUAAUCAUUCAGUAUAAAUAAAAGCAGAACAAUAUACCAAACAGAAACCGGGGAUGUGAUGUAUAGAAUCAUCCAGAAUUAAGUGAUCAGAUAUAAUAAUAAUAAAAUUGUUCUGUACUAUUCUUGUGAAAUUAGCAUAUUAUCUUAUUUCAGAUUUGUUACCAAUUGUGCAUUUUAAAAUAGAUUCAUUAGUUUUUUAGUAUUGUGUCUCAGGCAGUUAUUUGCCAUCAGUUGUCUUGCUUUUCAGGGUUCUACAGCUUAACCUAAAUAGUUUUCACUACAAGUAUUUACAGAAUUCAUGGUAAGGGUAAUAUUUUAAUUGUAUAUGCAUAAGUUUUCUGUUCUUAUUAUCUGUCUGGCUGCUGUCAGUCAGAAGAAACUGAAUCAGAACAGUAAACAAAAUGGCAAAUCAUGUCUAUUUAAAACCACAGUGUAAAAUGAAUAUAGUGGUCUCAGUUCAGAGUAUUGUGUAGCUCGUAUCUAGAGAGUGAAAACCUGCCUUUGUGAAAGCUGAAUCUGAAUAGCUAGGAAAAAAUAGUCAGGAGAAUGGAAAAUCCCCACUGUAUCUCAUUGAUAGAUAGUACCUUGAGAUGAGAAUGGAGAUAUAUUGGUAACAUAUCAUACAACAGGUCUAUACUAUGAGAUUAACAAAAGUUCUUUGACUUGAAAAGGAAUUUUUUCAUUCAUUUAAAUGAGCUUUGGAUAAGACCAUCUAUCCCCUUUGCUUCCAGAACCUUCCCCUCCGCCUUUUAUAAUCAAUACAUAAAUCAAUUAAGAUUAGUAGGAUAUAAACAUGAAUGUUUUUCAUGAAUGUGAAACUAGCAAGUAUUAUAGCAAGACCCAAUCACAAUACUGUGGAGAAGGCUGUGUCAGCUAUUUCCAUUAUAAACCUCUAAUUUCAGGGCUUUAUGACUCUGCUGUGAAAUUUGUAUUCUGGAAUGGUACCUGGCAAACAGCCUGCAGUAUAUUUUUAACAAAGGUGAAAAAAAAAAAAAAAAAAAAAGGCAAAAAAAAAAAAAAAAAGCUGCUUCUUUAUUUAAGAGAAAGCAAAACAAAACAUUUUUCUACUUUCAGAUAUUUGUUUAUGCUCUUGUAACUUAGAAAGAGGGUCACUUUAUUAUUUUCCGCCAUACUACAAAGUAUAUACAUGACUUAAAAUAAUAAAAUUAUAACAGAUAAAUUAAUGGCUGAGUUUCUUUCAAAAAGCUGCUGUUAUCAAUGCACAAUAAUUGACUUCUUUCAGGAUGUUAUAGAGAUUUUCAGGACACGGACACUAUGUGCAUAAGCAUUUCUAGCAUAAAAAGUUCUUGGUUGACUAAUGAUUCAAUAAGUGGCUGAGGCUUGAAUAAGAACAUUUGAACUUACUCUGUCAAGAGUCUGUGGAUUAAGGAGUGUUGCACAUGCACUGAUAUAACAGACUGUAAUGGUUCCAUCAGUAGGCUAAGAAUAUUGGGUCACUGUGCCUGCUCUGCAUGGUGCUGCAUGGCUUUCGGGAUGUGUCUGGGUUUACUGGGAUUUGCCAAAGCGUGAGGCUCCUGACGCACUUCAGUGCAUUGUCAGAGACUGUCAUGUCCCAUACCCUGCUGAAAGGCAUGCAUUUAAAAUAUUAAAAAUAGCCAAUAAGCCAAUACUUUUAAGUGAUGGUAAAAGUGAUAUGCUUAUGACUCAUGUUGUCCUGAGUUAAGAUAAAUGAUCAUGCCUUCUUCAGGUAAAAAAAUAAUGGUGGGGGUUUGUUUGUUUUGUGUUCUGGGGUGGGGUUUUUUUUUUGGUUUGUUUGGUAUUUUUGGUGGUGUUUUGGGGUAUGGGGUUUGGGGUUUUGUUUGUUUGGUUGGUUGGUUUUGGUUUUUUUUUAUGAGAUCUUCUAUUCAGUGAUCAAAAGAGGAAGAACUGAACCGUUAUCCUGUACCAUUAUACGGGGUCGUAAACUGGGUAAGAUUUUCAUUGAGGUCCCAACCCAGUAAAGUGUUUAAACUCAGCCUAAAUCAUGUGCAGAGGUACUUAUUCAUGAGCUAGUAAUUAAACACCUGCCCAAGAGUGAGGUUUAGAUAGGGUUUUGUCAUUGACUUCAAAAAAAGCCAGCUCAGAAACAUUGUAUAUAAUACACAGAGCCCAGCGACUCUUUUGGGAUUAUGCAGUUGAGCGUAGGUUCACCAGCAUCAAUAAAGGUUGCACAGCCUGAGCCUAGAAAUGGUUCCUAAGUGUUUUACAUAUAUGAUGCAGUAUGUAGGCAUAAUACUGUGAGUGAAGAAUGCAGAAGUUGGCAAAAUCACUAUAUUUCUGUGAAACUGUUACUUUGAAUGACAACUUUUAUGUCAGUUGAUUUCCUCCAUGUUUUGAAGCAGUGUAUGUGUCUGCACAGCAGUUUUAGCGUAAUGUUCAUUCAAAUCUAUAGUCAGUCUGUCUGGGAAGGUGACUCUUCGGAUGUGGCUUAAGAGAUUUGUCUGUUCAUUAUAUUGGUUUGAGUGGCCAUGCUUGUAAAAUGGCUGUUAAGACCCAUAGACAUAAUCAGUGAAGGUGUUAAUCUGUUGUCUUCAUUGUAUUAUAAAGAAAUUUCCAUUUUUAAAUGAAAUCAAUAGUGUAAUCUUUUCUUCGAAAAAGAAAAAAAUUGUGCAAUUUUAUCAGAAAGCAACUACCAUGGUGCAAGAACACAAGACCAUUAGACAAUUUACAUUUUGCAUUUAGUGUUCAAGAUUGAUAAUAAUAUAGAAAUCUAGUAUAAAAGUCUUUAAUUAUGUUUUUUAAAAAGCCAUAAUAAUUACAUAAAUUAUAAAAGGCAUGGCCUUGUGAAUAGUGUUAACAAAUGUUUCAGAAUCAACAAAAUACAUCCAGAACUUGAUGGUGGUAUAAUAUCUAUAAUAUCUUUUGCAUGAUUUGUACAUUGAUAUUGUAUGAAAUGAGCACAGUGAGAUUUUUUUUUUUUUGGUUGCAUCCAAAGAGUUAGGAAGGAAAUAUAACAAGAAUGUAUUUAUAAUCACUCUAUUUUGAAAUAAAGUAAAGAAAACAAAAUUUAUUGGUUUUACCCUGCUUCAAUCAUUGUUGUUUUAGGUUAGUUUAUAAUUAAGAUAGUUACUUAUAAUAUCAAGUCCAGUGUAAAACAUAGAAAACUAUUGUUUAUGAGUUUUGUUUGCCUUCAACAGCAUCAAAAUAUUAGCCAGCGUUGACUUAAACAUUUGUAUAAAAUAUUAAUAAAUUUGGUACUAUUUUAUUUCUGAAACUAGACUUUGUUAAGUGCCUGUAAUGUUCUCCUUCAGAUAAUUUGUAUUUAACUAUAAAAUAGUUAAACGGUAAUGUUUUCUAAUCACCUUGACAAUUUGUUAUUAAUUUUUAUGAAUUGUCUAACAAAACCCUCCUGGCCUCUGUAUAUAAAAUUGUCCCUCCAAAUUCACUGAAAUCCUUUUGCAUUAGUAGCACAAGCAGAAUUUAGUUUUUAGUUGGAUUCUGAGAUCUCCAACACAGAAGUAUUAGAGGAACAAUCACAUGAACAAUCACAUAAUGCUAGCGGCAUUUGGUUUCAUUCUGCUCCCUUCUUAUUGAUCAUUUUGAAUAAGAGAAUUGUUCAGAGGAAAGAAAAGUUAGUUUAUUCUUAGCAAAAAGAAAAAUAUCAGUCCAUGUAGCAUUUCCAUUGGUUAGGUUAAUUUUAUAAAUCAAAUUGUAAAAGACAUCUUUAGGUAGUUUAACUUCCAAAUUUAGAUUUUGUAGUAAAAAUAUUUUACAAAUCCUUAUUAAAAUCUUCAUGAGAGGGGAGAAAAGCAGGGAAAAAAAUACAUCUAGAUUAAAUAUUCCCUGUUGUGUAGGAUUUAACAUGCAUUGUAAUGGUGGAGAAUGAGAAUCAGAAUGUGCUACGGACUAGAAAAUCAGGACCAGAUAUGGAUUUUUUUUGCUGCCAGUUGCAGUGUAAUGUUAAAAGCAUUAAUUAAAAAAGGCCCCUGUAUGUAUUCUAUAGAUUUUCUUUCUAAAUAAAAACUCGAGAAUCAAGAAUAAGUAUACAUAUAUUGGAAAUAAUAUGCCUGCACUGAUUUCCUGAAUGUAGGGGAACUUGACAGUUUUAUGUUAAUGUGUUUUUUCUUUAUUUAGUCUUUAUUUCUAACUGCAAUUCAUUCAUCUUUAUUUAUUCUGAUUGUUGCUGUGUUGAAAAAUAAAAAAAAUAGGAAUGUUACUGCUCAGGCACAAACUCAUCUCAGAAAUUUACCAAUGUAAAUCCUGUCUAACUCAAUGGGCUUCAAUGGAAUCAAAUGAGCCUCACCCUAGUGAAUGCAAAAGCUGAAAUUUACCAGUAUAGGUGAGGACCUGAUUUGUCUGCCAUUGCAAUUAAAAAUAUGAUAAGUCAUUUAUUACUUGAAAUAAAAUAUAAUAUUGCUUUAUGCUCUAUCGAUUUGUGUGGUAAAGCUGUUAUUAGUUUCAAAUAACCGUAGAGCAGAGCAUGGAGUAGGUGGGGGUCCUGUGUCCAUUUGAUGUCAGUGGAACUCUACAAUGAUUCAAGAGUUGUGGGCAUCCUGUAGUAUCCAUAGUACAAAGCUAUUUAAAUUUGCUCUUUUAAUACAUAGACUUGGGAUAUACACCACAUAAAAAUGCGAUCUUAACAAUACAAUUUAUUUUCUCUCUAUAACGGAAAAAAACUUACCUGGCUCUUCUUUCUCAUUAAGUAGGGACUUUAUGGCAAGUAUCUUUACUUCACUGUUAGUUUUAUUCAUCUUCAUUAGUAAUAUUUGAGAUAAUUUAUUUAUUGUCUGAAAACAGUACAUUUUGAUCAGUGUGUUAUUUUUAAAAUACCAGUCAGUAACAGGUUGAUGGUGUGUUAUAUUGAUUUUUCAUUCUCUUGCUGGGGAUUUUUUGCAGUCACUUAACACUAAGUUAUUUCUUAAAAGCAAAAAUAACAAUCAGAUAAGAAAAAGAGACCUAGCUGGUACUAAAUCUGAUUUUUUUUGUACGUGUGACCAGGAAGACUUAAAGUCCUCUAAGUCAACUCUGAUGGGUACACAAGUGUUACACCAUUGUCCCUUUGGUCAUCGUUUAACUAGAAAACAACAGGUGAUCUCUAUAUGGUUAAGUAGUCAUUUUGCAUAUGUACAAUAACAAGGAAGUCUUCUUCAGUUUCCCUCAUCCACAAGCAUUUCACUGCUUGAUUUUAAUGUCAUGUAAUUUCCUAGGACUGUGUGCACUAUGGCCUUCCAGGGCAUUCUUCAUGCUCUCACUUCAUCUUCAGUGUGCUCAGUCCCUUACAGCUGAAUGUUUGUCUAGGCAUUGGCUAACAGCAGUUUCCAAAGAGGCAAAGAACUAGGAUCUGUCAAUUUGCAAAAACCAGCUAAAAAAGGCAAAUUGUAGGAGACUGUCCUGGAUGGUUUCUGAGUCAUGUCAGAUGAGGUAUGACCCAAAACUGGGGUAGGAAAUGGUUUAAGCUUCUGUUAGCAAGAUUCAUGCUGAGCUUUUGAAGCUGGACAGUCACCAUUUUUCAUGACUCUUAAGGUGUACAGUGAAACGUAAAUGUGAUUCAGUUAAUUGAAUCCUGACAGUCUGUGGGCUAAAUCCUGCAGACAUCUGUACCCACACACCCAAUCUAGGUUUUGGUGUCACUCUUCACUGAAGAGUCUUGGGCAAAUUAGGUUAAACCAGAUGUGAUAUCUGUUUCUUAAUGAGGCUUUUAUCUGAGACGUGGAUGCAUUUGUGUGUAGGUUGGAUGCUGUUUGGGUAUGGAGGUUAGUCCGUACCUAAUGUUUGUUGAGCAGUUUCUUUGGUAGAGUCACUUUUUAUGAGAUACAUUAGUGCUUAUAUCUGAAUAUGAGAUGCUGCACAGUAAGUACAUCUCAAUGAGCAGAGUCACAAAGGGCAGAGUGUUUUGACAGAUUUUGAGCUCUUCACUGCAAGAAACUACAGGAAACAAUGUACCAUACAGCAGAUUUCCUUGCUCCCUGGCAGCAUUUAAUAGACUCUGUGAGUCCUUCUCAGCAGGGUAUUAUUCUUGUCUACACAUCGCAAAUAAGGCUCCAGGUCACCAGUCUGGUAUAUGUGCACUUUGUGUUUGCUUAUACCCAAAAAUAAUUUUGUGGAGAAGGGUGGGAGAAGAAAUUGUAUUUUUUUCCUGAAAAGCAAAAUGGGCUAAAUUUGAAUUUUUCAGGAUUGAAAAAGAAAAAUACAGAUUAUCUAAAGAAUGGUCAGAUUGUUUGGUAAUAUCUGUAUUUAGAAAGUAUUUUACUAAAAGAGAGAGAGAAAAAGCAGUUUUCUAUUUUUAGCAUGCAGCUUUUCAACUUGUUCCAUUCUUGGGUUAGAAUAUGCCCUGGGAGACAAGGGACUCACAUGUACAGCUCAGGGCACAAUUUAGCUGCAAAGAUACAUCCUAAACAUCUUGCUGCCUUUUGUGUGGUAGAAAUUAAAUGCAAGGUUUAAAACAUUCCCUCUCUGCUUGCUUCAAUGGAAGUCAGGUCAGUUGGUGUUCUUCAGGACCAGUCUUUAACCUCCUGUUGAGGUGUGUCUGCAAUUCCAUGAAGUUAGCAACAAGAUUACAAAUGUCAUUCAAGGGGUGAUGUCUUUGGAUGGGGUUAACACUUUGAAGUAAUUGGGGUUCUUAAGAGUUUCUUUCUUAAAUAUUGACAUGUAGUUGCACUGUUUUAUCCUCAUCUUUUCUUUUGGGAUCAGUUCAAUAAAUUGGUAGUUUUACAAAUGUGAUCAGGAGAUUAUGUCCAAAUGUACAGCAAAAAAACUUUGCUUUUAAUUCUUAU